AUGAUAUCGAAGAUACCCUCCAUUAAUAGACCUAAUAUCAGCUUAUCGACUACUCACAUUCAUUCCUCAACUUCAAGUCAAGAUCAUAUCACCAAGAAUAACAACAAUAAUACUACUACUACCAAUGACAAUAUUUUUUAUAAGAGACAAAAAUUGAACGCUCCAAACGAUUAUUUUGGUUUAAUUCCAUCUAAUAGUAAUGGCACUAACGUGCAAGAGAGUAAUAACUCCAGUUUUAAUAUAACCCCAACAUAUAAUAAAUCUAACCAUAGUACCAACAUUCUAAUGGACAAUACAUCAAUACUAAAUUCAAAACCUAUGAUAAAUACACCCAGCACUACGAUACUAAGCGAAAAUGUCUUAGAUAUACAAAACUCUAAUCAAAGCAAUAUCUUAAAAUUUCAAAAGAAUUCAACACCAAAGCAAAAAUAUUUAUUUGGUGAUGCUUCAACAAUCGAAGAGGUAAAGAUAGGGAAACGGAAUGUGUUGAGGAGUUUAAGCCAAUUGAAGAAAAAUAUACGAUCUCUAAAUUACGAUAUAGAUAGUUUAACAAAAAAAAAUCAAGAUUUAGAAUAUAAAAUUUGUAAAUUUAAGAAUUCUAUUAACCUAAUAGAUAGUAAAAAUAAAGAUUAUGAUCUAAAGGUCCAAAAUUUAAAUGAAAAGCUAGUGCUAGAAAAUGAAAAUAUGAAUAUAUAUCUCUCAGAGGUUAAAUUAAAAUUGGAAAAUAAAUUAAAAAAUAUUAAUGACGACUUGAUUGACAAAUAUAAUGAUGAAAUUAAAGAUUGGGAAUUAAAAAUCAAAGAAGUUAAAGAAAUGAAACCGUCGAAGGAGUUUUUAAUUGAAUUAGAAGCUCUUAAAGAAACGCUUGCAGAAAAAGAAAAUGAAUUAAAUGAACUAAAAAAUAGUAAUCAGUUAAAGUUGAUUGAUUAUGAAAAUAAACUUAAAGAAGAAUUUGAACUAUUUAAACUAGAAAAAAGCAUGCCUCUUCAAAAUUUAACAAAUGAAUCAUACUCUUUGAUAGAGCAAAUUAAACAACUAAAUGAGCAAAAAUCAAAUUUAUUGAAAGAAAUUGAAAGCUUAGAUUCUCAAAUUAGUGACGUUAAUAAUAACAUUGAAGAUAAAAAUAAAAAGAUUGAAGAUCUUUCAAAUGGUAAUAUCCCACUAAAAUUGGAAUUGGAAAAAUUAGAAAAAAUUUUUGAAGAAAAAUUAAAAGAAUCAAAUGAAAUAAAAAAAGAGGCAGAACUUUCAAAUAUUUCUUAUAGGAAAUCACUGAAUAAUUUAAAAUUACAAGAAUUGAAAAAUAAGAUAUUAGAAAACUCUAUUGAGGAUUUAAAGGGUACUUUGAGGUGUUAUUCUUAUCUAAAUGAGGAAAAUUUUGUUAAGAACUACUCUAAAAUUUGUUCAACUAUUACUCCUGAUUUCAAAAUUGAUUACUUCUAUAAGAAUAUUCAUUUUCAAAAUGCAAAGCGAAAUAACAAUAUCAGUACUAAUAAUAACAAUAAUAAUAGUAAUAAUAAAGUAUUUAAAUUCUCAAAAAUUUUAUCGAAUUUAAAAUUCCCAUCAGAAAAAGAAUUAUUGGAGAAAGAAUAUGCUGUGUAUCACAAUUCAAAUCUAAAGAAGAAUACAAAUUUUACAUUAUUUUCAAUAAGCCCAAUUAAAUGUUGGGAUGAGCUAAUUAAACAAAUAAUUAAGUUUGUAUCCACAAAUAAUAAUUAUUUAAAUGCCAAUGUAAACGAGGAAACAAUAGAAGAUUACUAUACUAAGAAAGUUGAUUAUAAAAUAAAUUUACAGGUGAUCGAUAAUUUAACUGCGCAAGGAAAUUUGAUUAACAUCGAUACAGAAAAUAAUUCGCUGAAAAUUGAUGAAACAAUUGAGUCUAUUGAGCUAAAUAAUGAUAUUCAAACUAUGCCAUUUCUAAAUGAAAAUGAUAGUCCAUUGCCAAACAUUCAAUUAUUAACUUUUACAUACUGGAAUAAAUCAACAGAUUCAAUAUCAUCUAGCCUUCCUGUGAUAUUUUAUUUUGUUCAAAUGAAUGGUAUACAAAAUAUGAAUGGAUUAUACAAUCUCCUAUCAAAUAAUAUUUAUGAUCAUACAAGCAUAACGAAUACAGUAAUUAAGCAUUUAUUAAACCAUACACAAAACUGUUUUCUAUUAAAUAUGCAAGAUGAAAUCGAACAAGCCGAUAUUUUUCAAGCUAUAAUGAACCUGUCGCAAGUUAUAUAUAACUCAAAGGUAUCUUCAACAUGUUAA